AGAAUCACUCAUGAGAAACACAGCCGUUCCAGACAAGACGACUAGAUCAGUCCCCGAAAUGGCCCAGAACGUCUACGACAACCCUACCUUCUUCGCCUCCUACAACACUCUCCCCCGCUCACAAAAUGGUCUCUCAUCAGCGCCCGAAUGGCCGCUCCUAAAAGCCAUGGUCCUCGCCGGUAAACCUAAUAUUAGCGACUCUCGCGUCCUUGAUCUCGGCUGCGGCUACGGUUGGUUUUGUCGCUGGGCGGCAGAGGAGGGUCUCGCGGCGCGCGUUGAGGGAUUCGAUCUCUCAGAGAAGAUGCUCGAGCGUGCACAAGAAAUGACAGAUGCCAAUUUAAGCUCGCAAAUCGAAUAUCAACGAGCGGAUCUGGAUACCCUGAACCUCAAGGAAAACACCUACGACGUUGUCUACAGCUCCCUCACACUCCACUACAUCCGCGACAUGAACCGCCUCUUCUCAACAAUCUACAACGUCCUAAAGCCCAAAGCCCGGUUCAUCUUCAGCAUCGAGCACCCAAUAUACACUGCCCCAAAAGCCGACAAAUGGCAUCACGACAACGAUACCGGCCUCGAAUCGUGGCUACUGGAAGGGUACGCAGACGAAGGGGAGCGGGUGCGAAACUGGUUGGGUGAAGAUGUGAGGAAAUAUCAUCGCACUACACAGACGUAUCUUUCGACUUUACUGGGGUGUGGAUUUGUACUUAGGGAGUUUGUCGAAUGGAUGCCGUCCGAGAGGGAUUUAGUGGAGCAUCCGGAUUGGGCGGUUGAGAGGAAUAGGCCGGCGUUUUUGUUGGUUUGUGUUGAGAAGGGGGUGUGAGGGUAUCGUCUGCAGGGCAGGGACUGGGAUAUCUUGUCUAUAUGCACAUGGGUCUCGGAGUCCACGUCCAAUUGACAUCAAAGAAUGGGACCUACCCGAGUAUAGAACCUGGAGAAUGAGGCAGUGUACGAUGCUCUCAGACACAUCUUGGGCGAAUGGACAUCAAAAGACUGCUGGAAGGAUAAUAUACCAGGCCUAGAUUUGUGCAGUCGAGCCUAAACAUACCCGGGAGCAAAAAACUGCCAACAUCUUCUUUAUCCAACGCCGAUACACCCUGACCAGUACAGAAAGCAAUACCUCGGAGCAUAAUCGAUCGUAACUAUAGCAACAAAUUACUCCUCCAAAUGCUCCAUGGGGCGACCACCCGUUUCCAUGGCUUCUGAAUCACAUAACCACCAACCCUCCGUCAAUGGGUGCCCCGAACCAGUUCCGUUUGGUUUGCUGGUCGCCCUACGCAGUGACACAGUCGCAGCUGCGGAGGCCAGCUGGUAUCCGAAGCCCACUCAAA